AUGAUCACGAAAUAUUUCAAGGCUAUUCCAACUCCUCAAAGUUCUGGUUCUGGUUCUAGUCUUCCUACGCCGAGUUCUUCUCCAAGUCCAAUUAUUCACGACAAUAUCAAUCCUUUGGCAGGAUCAAACAAAGAGAAAAUAUUGAAUUUGAAUCUUGAACCUGAUCCCGCAGAAAGAAAUUUUCCAAAAAGAGAUUUUGGUGGAUUUAUGAGUCAAUUUAAUCUUGAAUGGUUUAACACUUCAUACUCUGGAUGGUUAGAAUAUAGUGUUAAAGUUGAUGCAGCAUUUUGCUUAUGUUGUUACUUCUUUAAAAAUGAGCAUGGAGGACAUGGAAAAGUUGGGAAUUCUUUCACAAAGAGUGGUUUUAGAAUUUGGAAUAAAGCUACAGAAAGGCUUAACGCAUAUAUUGGAGAGGUGAAUAGUCUUCACAAUCGGUGUUUUAAGAUGAUGAGAGAUUUAAUUAAUCAAGAACAAUCAAUUCUAAUCUCUUUGGACAAGCAAUCCAAAAAAAUUAAAAGUGAUUAUCGAGUUCUGUUGAAUGCUUCGAUUGAUGUGGCAAGAUUUCUUUUAAAACAAGGAAUGUCUUUCCGGGGCCAUGAUGAAGGUGAAACUUCUACUAAAAGAGAAAACUUUGUAGAACUCUUACAAUGGUAUGCAGAUAGGGAUGAUGAAGUGAAAAAAGUUGUGCUACAAAGUGCUCCACAAAAUAACAUGAUGAUUGCUCCAAAUAUCCAAAAAGAGAUCGUGAAUGCUUGUGCGAAAGAAAUAAUUAAAGCAAUAGUUGACGAUUUAAAUAGAGAUUACUUUGAAAUUUUGGUUGAUGAAUCUAAGGACGUCUCUCAUAAGGAACAAAUGGCUCUUGUUCUGCGGUAUGUCAACAAAAAGGGAAAACUUAUUGAGCGAUUCCUUAGUAUUGUUCAUGUUAAAAAAACAACUUCAUCGUCAUUACAAAAAGCAAUCAAUGAUUUGUUUUUAGAGCACUCAUUGAGUCCAUCUCAAAUACGGGGACAAGCCGUUGCAAAAAAAUAUUAUGAUGUAGAUCAUUUUUUUGAUAUUGUUGCUAAUGUCUUUAAUAUUAUUGGAAGUUCUUUUAAGCGUAGGGAUAUGCUACGAGAGGAUCAGGCAAAACAACUAGAGGAGCUACAAGUGCUUGGUGAAGUUCAUACAGGAAGUGGACUAAAUCAAGAACUUGGACUCCAAAGGCCAGGUGAUACCCGAUGGGGUUCUCAUUUUAAGACAGUGUGUAACUUUAUUGCAUUAUUCUCGUCAAUCAUUAAUGUACUUGAGUUUCUUGCAAGUGAGGGUGCAAAUUAUCUCGAGAGAUCAGUGACAAAAAGUCUAGUGAAUGACAUAAGAUCUUUUGAGUUUGUGCAUAUGAUGCAUUUGAUGUUAAAAUUAUUAGCAAUCAUAAAUGAGUUGAAUAUAGCUUUGCAAAGAAAAGAUCAGGAUAUUGUAAAUGCUAUGAAGCUUGUUGGUUUCGCCAAGAGGCAAUUGCAAGUGAUGAGAGAAUUUAAAUGGGAAUCUUUGAUAGAUAACGCCUCUUCAUUUUGUUCCAAGCAUGAUAUUGUGAUCCCUGAAAUGGAUAAGAACUAUCAUCUUGGAAAGUCAAAGCUGAAUAGUAAUCUACUUCUUGGUAUAGCUAGUUUGAGUCCGGAUAAUUCUUUUGCAAAUUAUGAUAAAGACAGAAUUAUGAAACUUGCUACACUUUAUCCUCAUGAGUUUAGUGGUUCAAAACUUGAAGAUCUCAGUUACGAGCUUGAUAACUAUAUUCUCUUUGUGAAAGAAGACAAUGAUUUCUCUAACUUGUGA